CAGGCGACAGAGGAGAGCAUGAGGACGUGCUGUUGCUCCACGCCGUGUGAACGGUGACAGCGGACCUUUGGCCCCUCUCUGUGGAUUAGCGUCGCGCUCAGACCAUCGUCAGCCUGACACCUGAUCGCUGCAGUCAGCGGUGAGGCGCACAGUGUGGUCAGGAAGAGGAGAGCCGCCGUCGUUAGUUUGGAAACAUGCGGCAGAAAGGGAGCACACCGUCACCAGCAGGAGAUCAGCUUGAGGAUUUGUCAGUGACUUUGGCGGAGUCCUACUGAGAGAACAUCGCGCAGCUCAACUUCACGGGCGCAUUUCAUGGAGAUCUAUAGAUGACAAGACCUGCACGCUGCGGGUCGCUCUCAGCAUCUACCGGGAUCUUCACUGUGGAACAUGGCGAGUGGGGUGAGAGGAGCUCAUCUCCUCGCUGUAUUUUUGACCUUUUCCUCAACACUUUUCAGGGACGCAGAUGGACAAGGAAGCUUUAAUGACUUAACAGGUUUCAGUUUGAGUCCUCCGUAUUUCAACCUCGCUGCCGGGUCUACUAUCACUGCCACAGCAACCUGCGGACAGGAUGAGUUUGGGACGCCCAGAUCCGAUUUAUACUGCAAACUCGUCGGAGGACCGACCAACGGACUUGUUUCUCAUAAUAUACAGGGUCAGUACUGCGACUACUGCAACGCCAUUGACCCGAGCAAAGCUCACCCGGUGACCAACGCCAUUGAUGGGACCGAGCGGUGGUGGCAGAGCCCUCCUCUCUCCAGGGGAAUGAUCCACAAUGAGGUGAACGUCACCCUGGACCUUGGGCAGCUAUUCCAUGUGGCGUACAUCCUCAUCAAGUUUGCUAAUGCACCUCGGCCUGACCUCUGGGUGCUGGAGCGCUCUGUUGACAACGGGAGAACCUUCAGCCCCUGGCAGUAUUUUGCACAUUCAAAGCGCGAGUGUAUUGAAAAGUUUGGAAAGCAGCCCAACGCUCGUGUGAUACAUGAUGACGACCAGCUCUGCACCACAGAAUACUCGCGGAUCGUCCCUUUGGAGAACGGAGAGAUCGUGGUGUCUCUGGUCAACGGUCGGCCGGGGUCCAAAAACUUCACCUACUCGCCGGUGCUGCGAGACUUCACGAAGGCCACCAACAUCCGCCUGCGCUUCCUGCGCACCAGCACCCUGCUGGGCCACCUGAUCUCCAAGGCCCAGAGAGACCCCACCGUCACACGCAGGUAUUACUAUAGCAUCAAAGACAUCAGCAUCGGUGGACGCUGCGUGUGUCACGGACACGCGCAGGUGUGUGGUGGGGGGCGUAACCAGGACCACCCAAACAGGCUCCAGUGUGAGUGCCAACACAACACCUGUGGUGAGUCAUGUGACCGCUGCUGCCCGGGCUUCAACCAGAAGCCAUGGCGUGCCGCAACUGUUGACAGCCCCAACGAGUGUCAUCCCUGCCAGUGUUUCUCCCAUGCCUUUGACUGUUAUUACGACCCAGAGGUGGAGAAGAGAGGAGCAAGUUUAGACACCUUCGGCAGGUACGACGGAGGAGGAGUGUGCAUCAACUGCCAGCACAACACAGCCGGGGUGAACUGUGAGAGAUGCACUGAAGGCUUCUACAGGCCUUUCGGAGUACCUCCUGAAUCUCCCACCGGAUGCAUACCCUGCAGGUGCGAUGACAGGACUGCGGCCGGAUGUGAAAUGGGGUCUGGAAGGUGUACCUGCAAGCCACAAUUUGCCGGAGAGAACUGCGAUCGCUGCGCUGACGGAUACUAUUACUACCCUCAGUGCAUCCGAUAUCCCGUGUACCAGACGACCACCAAAUCCCCUGCAGGACCUAUUGUGGUACCCACCACUUGCCCUCCGGGAUAUUUCGGCUCGCCGAGCUGUCAGCAGUGUAUAUGCGACUACAGGGGGACGGUGUACGGGGUGUGCAAUGCUUCAGGACGCUGCCUGUGUCGUCAGGGAGUGGAGGGGGAGCGCUGUGACCGCUGUCGACCAGGAUACCACUCCUUCCCAAACUGCCAGGAGUGUCUCUGUGAUGGCGCUGGUGCUGCUGACCGUGCCUGCAGUCCAAGCGGCCACUGUGUUUGCCUUCCCAACUACGGGGGGCAGGAGUGUGACGAAUGUGCACCCGGCUACUAUGGAUACCCAGACUGUGCUGGCUGCCAUUGUUCACAGGAAGGCUCAUAUAGCAACAUAUGCAACCCAGUGUCGGGUCAGUGCCUGUGUCUGCCCGGGGUGGUGGGCCAGCAGUGUGACCGCUGUGCCUCUGGACUCAGGUUUCCCCAGUGCUCAGCCCCCAUCAGUGUGUGUAACCCAGCAGGAACCGAGGUUGCUGAUCCUCAAACGGGCUCCUGCCGCUGCCUACCAAACGUGGAGGGAACCCUGUGUGACAGGUGCAAACCUCUCUACUGGAACCUGGCUACAAACAACCUUCGUGGUUGUAUAGAGUGUCAGUGUGACGUGAAGGGGACCCUGAGUGGUGUUGGAGAGUGUGAACAGAAAAGCGGACAGUGUCACUGUAAGCCCAACGCAUGUGGAGACGCGUGUGACACCUGUAAGGACGGAUACUUCCUGCUGCAGAAGAAGCAGUAUUUUGGUUGUAAAGGCUGUCAGUGUGAUGUCGGCGGCGCUGUUGACAUGGCGUGCGAUGAGAUGUCGGGACAGUGUCGAUGUCGGGAGAAUGUAGUCGGACGUCGGUGCACUGAGCCAGCACCAAGCUACUUUUUUCCCACUCUCCACCAACUGAAGUUUGAGAUUGAGGAUGGCACCACACCAAACGCCAGACCAGUGCGCUUCGGUUACGACCCCCGAGAGUUCCCAGAUUUCAGCUGGAGAGGUUAUGCUGUAAUGUCUCCUGCACAGCCGGAGGUGAUCCUAACGCUUACCCUCGGCUUUCCUGGCCCUUUCCAUAUUGUAAUGCGCUACUGCACCCCCAAACACAAGGGGAGAGCACGAGUGAGAGCGAGGAUCUUGGUGGCGGACGAAGCUGGCUCUCAGUCAUGCUGCGACUGGUCAGAUCAGAGCAAGGAAGUAAUAUUCCCCGAGAGUCCCUCCCCGUCCUUCCUCACUGUCCCAGGAGAGGGCUUCGCUGAGCCCUUCGCACUGACCCCUGGGAAGUGGAUCAUUCACAUACAGGCGGAGGGGGUUCUGUUGGACUAUUUAGUGCUGCUGCCGCGGGAUUACUACGAAGCACCUCUGCUGCAGGAAAAGAUCACCCAGCCCUGCACAUACUUACCCUCUGCAAACAGGGACACAAACUGCUUGUUGUACAAGCAUGUGGCCAUGGACGGCUUCAGCUCUGCACUGGGCUCGCAAGGAAAACUCUCCAACCGCAACGGACGCAAGAGGAGGCAGGCUCGUGUGCGGCGCCUCACCCCAGAUCACCCUGAGAUGGCCGCCAUCAAUGGCAGACAGUCGCAGCUCCAACUGAGUCUACGCGUUCCCCGUCCUGGCCCGUAUGUUCUUGUCCUGGAGUACGCCAGCGAGGUCGACACUGUGCAGAAUGUCAACAUACUCCUCAGUGGCCAGUCAGGCGGACAGAUCCAAGCCAGGGCUAACAUUUACAGUUGCGCCUACAGCUUUUUGUGCCGGAGCGUUGCGGUGGACAGCAGCAAUCACGUAUCAGUGCUGCAGCUUUCUCACAAGACCGACGUCCUCCUGCAAGCUUCCACUGCGUCAUUCCUGCUGUAUAAAGUGUACUCGGUUCCGGCAGAGGAGUUUUCCAUCGAGUACGUAGACCCCAAGGUGCUCUGUGUCUCCACUCACGGCCGCUUCACUGAAGACAGUCGACACUGCAUUCUGAGGCAAUUCGACAAGCCAACCUCAGCCUGGAUUUUGUACGCCGACCGCGAUGGGCAGCUAUCUUCGGCGCCAGCUGCCUCUCUCCAGCGAGGAGAGAAUGAGGACUGGAGACGGAGACGACAGACCGGCCAGUUCCCAGUCCGUGAACCUCAGAGUGAUGGGGUGCUGCUAAAAUUCCCUCAGACGGAGAUCACUUUCACACCCAGGGAGCCCCUCACGGGCAGGAAUGUGGUUGUGGUCCAUUAUCACCAGCCUGAGCAUCCCUCCUUCCCCGUGGAGGUCCGAGUGAACGCAGGGCGUGAGUGGAAGGGUUCGAUAAACGCAUCCUUCUGCCCCGCGGUGUCAGGCUGCAGGGAGGUUGUGAUCGCCGACAGGCGCAUUGCCCUCGACUUUGACCAGAAUUCUUGGCAGCCGCCCACCAUCUCUGUGAUCGUGCCACCGAGGAAGACGCUUACUCUGGAUUAUAUCUUGCUGGUUCCUGAUAACAGCUACACUCCAGAUCUCCUGAAAGAGAAGCCGCUGGAUAAAUCUGCAGAUUUCAUUCAACAAUGCAGAGGAGAAGGCUUCUAUAUUGAUCCCAGAGCUUCUUCCCAGUUCUGCAGAGACUCAGCCCGCUCUCUUGCGGCUGCCCAUAAUGACGGGGCUCUCCCUUGCAACUGCGACAAGUCCGGCUCCACAGGGGCCACCUGUGAUCCGGUUGGAGGACAGUGUCCCUGCAAGCAGCACGUCAUUGGACGGCAGUGCACAAAGUGUGCCACGGGAUAUUACGGCUUCCCCUACUGCAGGCCGUGUGAGUGCGGCCGCCGACUGUGUGACGAGGUGACGGGACGCUGCAUCUGCCCUCCUCAGACGGUCAAACCAAGCUGCGAGGUGUGUCAGACUCAGACGUUCAGCUAUCACCCUCUGCUGGGCUGCGAGGGCUGCGGAUGCUCUCCAAACGGCAUCAAAACCGACGCAGGGCCCGACUGUGAUCGCGUCACCGGACAGUGCAGCUGUAAGCCUAGGAUCGGGGGCCGGCAGUGUGAUCGCUGUGCUCCAGGUUAUUAUCGCUUCCCUGACUGCGUACCUUGCAACUGUAACCAAGGCGGUGUCACACCUGGCGUGUGCCACCCAGACACAGGCCGAUGUCUCUGCAAGAGAAACGUUGCUGGUGUCAGGUGCGAUACCUGUCGGGAGGGUUCCUUCUAUUUUGACCCCUCCAACCCUCACGGCUGUACCAGCUGCUUCUGCUUCGGGGCGACUGACCAGUGUCAGAGCUCCAGCAAGCGCAGGGGGAAGUUUGUUGACAUGCAGUCCUGGCGUUUGGAAAGCCCCGACAAGGAGGAGGUUACCUCAGUGCUGAACACAGCCAGUAACACAGUGGUGGCAGACAUCCAGGAGCUUUCUCCCACAGUCCAGACUCUACACUGGGUGGCACCAUCGUCCUACCUGGGAGACAGGGUUUCAUCUUACGGUGGUUUCCUCACCUACCAGUCCAAAUCCUUUGGGAUUCCCAGUGAGGGGAUGACUCUGAUGGACAGAAGACCCGAUGUUGUGCUGACUGGUCAGGAUAUGACUCUGAUCCACAUGGCUUCACAAGUCCCACUUCCAGACAGGCUGUAUCAGGGCCGAGUCCAGCUGCUGGAGGGAAACUGGCGCCAUGCUGUCACCAACAGGCCCGUCUCCAGAGAGGAACUGAUGAUGGUCCUGGCCGGUCUGGUCGGCCUGAGGAUCCGAGGCUUGUACUUCACUCAGAGCCAGAGACUGAGCUUAGGGGAGGUGGGCCUGGAGGGGGCGACCAACACAGGGACGGGCGGCCCUGGAAACACCGUGGAGGACUGCUCCUGCCCCCCUCAGUACACCGGGGACUCCUGUGAGAAAUGUGCUCCUGGAUUCUACCGAGACAACAGCGGGCCUUUCCUGGGCCGCUGUGUGCCCUGCGAGUGCAACGGCCUGUCUGCUGAGUGUGAGGACAGGACAGGGAGGUGCUUGAACUGUAAGUACAACACAGCUGGGGACAGAUGCGAACGCUGCAAAGAAGGUUAUUACGGAAACGCGGCCCAGAGGACAUGCAGAGUUUGCCCGUGCCCAUUCAGCGUGUCCACGAACAGUUUUGCGAUAGGUUGCAGAGAGGUCUUCGGAGACUUCCAGUGUAUCUGCAAGGCGGGCUAUACCGGAGAAAAGUGUGAGAGCUGUGCUCCUGGUUACUAUGGUGAUCCGCUGGUGCCAGGAGGACGUUGUCGGCCCUGUAAUUGCAAUGGCAAUGGAAACAGCUGUGAUCCCAAGACCGGAGUUUGCAAAAACACACUGGAGCCUGGAGACACAAACACUGAUGAGAGCUGCCAAGAGUGUGACAGCUGUGCCCAGACUUUACUAAAGGAUCUGGAGAAGCUGGAUGAUGAGCUGCACAGGAUCAAGGCUAAACUGGACAACGCUUCUGCCAGCUCCUCCUCCCAGGAAAGGCUGAGGGAUCUGGAAAAGGCCGUGACGGACACCAAGAAUCUCGUCAACAAAUUCAGCUCCGCCAUCAAUGACGAAAAGUCCAGAGUCAGCCAGCUGGAAGAGGACACGAUCAAUCUAUCAGAUGACAUCAGCACCCUCAAAGACAAGGCAGAUAAACGGGCUAGUGAGGCUGACAAAGCAGUGGAAGCUGUUGAAAAGACCCACAAGAAGGCUAAAGACCUGGACUUGGAGAUUCGAGCCCUACUCAAGAAAAUCCAAGAUCUGCUGAAACAACUGAACGAUGCAGACGGCAGCGGUAUCAAGGUGCCCACCGAAAACAUGGAAUCGCUGCUCAAAGAUGCUGAGCGCAUGGUGCAGGAGAUGGAGGACAGGAACUUCACCCCUCAGAAGACGGCUGCUGAGAAAGAAAGAGACGAGGCCAAGAAACUGCUUGACUACAUCAAGGCCAAUGUGAGUAAGCAGUGUGACCAGAAUGAGGCUGCGGCAGAGAGGAUCCGGGGCCUUCUGGAGGGUUUCGAGGACAAGCUGAAGGACCUGGAAGAGGCUCUGAAAAACGCGACAAACUUGGUGAAAAAGGCCAACAACCAGAAUGGACUCAAUGCUCAGACGCUGGAAAAUCUGCAGAAAGAUAUCAAAAAACUGACAGAGGAGCGGUCGAGAGUCGAGGACCAAAUAGCCAUGGCAGAGGAUGAGCUGCGGAAGACAGAGGACUUGGUGAAUAUGCUCACCAACAGCAAAAUGGAAUACGAAAAGCUGGCAGCACAGCUGGAUGGUGCCAAGACUGACUUGACCAAGAAGGUGAAUGAGAUUUCCAAGGCAGCAGCUCAGGAGAACAUUGUGGAGGCUGCUGAGGAACACGCUAAGAACCUCAACAAGCUGGCAGAGGAACUUGAGAACACUGUUAAGAACGCAAGUGGACGUCCUGAGGUGCGUAACGCCAAAGACGCUAUCGAUGCCUACAAGAACAUCACAGACGUAAUCAACGCUGCUGAGGCUGCAGCUAAUGAGGCCAAAAAGGCAGCAGACAGUGCCUUGAACAAUGUAAAAAAACAGAAGCUGACAGAAAGAGCAAAAGACGUGAAAGAGACUAGUGAAGACCUGCUGCAGAAUGCAAAGGAUGCAGAUAAAGACCUUCAAGCUGCUGGAAGAGACCUCACUGACCUGACGAAGCGCCUGAAGAACGCUGACAAGAAGAAGACAGCUCUUCAGAAAGACCUGCUCGACGUACAGAACCAAUUAAAUGACGUCAAGAGAGAUGACAUCGCUAACAUGAUCGAUGAGGCCAAGAGGAAGGCAGCUGCAGCCAAUGGCACAGCCAGAGACACUAUGGACAGGCUGAAUGACAUCAGAAGUGAACUCGACAAGAUCAAAGUCACUCCUGGGGACUCCAGCCUGGGCGGUGUGUUGGAUGAUGUGGACCGGACAGUGAAGAACUUGCUGAACACCAUCCCAUCUCUUAGCGAUAAGAUCUCAGAGGUGGAGAACCUCACCUCGCAGUUCCCCCCCGUCAGCAACAUAACUGAGAACAUCAAGAAGAUCAAGGAGCUGAUUGAACAGGCCCGUGAUGCAGCGAACAGGAUUGUGAUCCCGAUGAAAUUCAAAGGCGAUGGUUACGUGGAGCUGUUUGCGCCAAAGAAUAUGGAGGAUCUGAAGGCCUACACGGCUUUAUCACUGUCGCUGCAGCGACCUGAAGGCAGAGGAGACGGAAGACGCAGACGCAGACAGACCAGAGAAAAAGACGACAUGUUCGUGUUGUACCUCGGCAACAGAGAUCCCACUAAGAACUACGUUGGCAUGGUCCUGAGGGAAAACGUGCUGUACGGUGUGUACAAGCUCAACGGAGUCGAGCACCAGAUGAAAACUGGUUACAUCACCAAGUCUCCGUCCGAGCCGGCCAAGUUCGACAGAGUGGAUCUGUACAGAAUUUACCAGGAUGCAAAGAUGGUCCUCACCAAAGAAAUCACCUCACCCACACCCGGUAAACCAAUAGAGAGCGGCAAACAAGGAGAGGAGAGCAAGAACCUGCUGGACCUCAGUCCCAGUGACAUUGUUUUCUACGUUGGAGGCUACCCUUCCAACUUCACCCCGCCAGAUUCUCUCAACUUCCCAAUGUACAAGGGCUGCAUUGAGCUCUUCACGUUUAACGACAAAGUCGUCAGUCUCUAUAAUUUCAAAAAAGCGGAGAAAAUCAAUUUGGAGACGCCAUGCAAGAGAUAUGUACCCCCAGUAGAUUCCAGCUACUAUGAAGGCACUGGAUACGGCAAAGCGGUUAUUGAUAAGGAGGCUGCCUUCCUCCGCAUCGGUAUGGACAUCAAUGCUCGUUCAGAAAACGGGCUGCUCUUUUACAUCGGAAGUGAGAACACUUACUUGACCCUGACUAUGGAGAAGGGCUUCCUCUUCCUACGCAGCACUUUGCUUGACACCCCAGUGAAAAGCGACACAAAACUAUUCCCGACAAGCGACUGGACAGAGAUCCAAAUCAUUAUCCUCUCCAAGGGAGAAAUAACAGUCCUGUUUGCCAGAGACAAAGUGAUCGGAGCCAAGUUUUCGUGGAGAAGCAGCGAUUAUAAGGAAUUCUACAUUGGCGGUAUCCCGCAAGACUUGAGGGAGAGAGUUAACAUAACCAUGCAGCCGUUCAAGGGAUGCUUGAAGAAUCUGAAGCUGAAUAAUAACUAUGUACAAUUCACUGAGCAAGUGGGCGUCAGCAGAGGAUGUCCCAUGGAUGCCUUGGUUACCCGUAAAGUGGAGUUCAGCCUGGGAGGCUCCCUGUCAUCCAACCUCAAUGGCUUCAGUUUGGCAAACGAGUCAGUCACUGUGUCCAUCGGGUUCAAGAGCACAGAGACUCAGGGUGUCAUUCUGCAGGACAGUGAGCAGGCUAACGGGUUGAAUCUCAUGUUAGAAAAUGGCUACGUGGUUCUGGGUUUCAACCGUGAGAUCUGGAAAUCAAACAAACAAUAUAGUGAUGACCGGUGGCAUUAUUUGACUGUGACCAAAAGAGCUGGAAGGAUUGAGCUGCUUAUUGAUGAUGAGGACAAGGGUCAGAAACAGAGCGGCGUCCCCACCAUACCCGACACGGGCAGCUCCAUGGUCCUGGGACAUAACAAGUUCAAGGGCUGCGUGUCCAACUUCUACACAAGACGGCCAGAGAAUCUCUACAAAGCUGAGGACUUCAGCAGCUUCCAGGCUUCUGGAGAUGUCUUCCUGGAUGUGUGCACAGCUGACAGUCCUGUUCAACAGAUGCUGGACCGCGUCUCUAAGAAGGAUGCUGUGAUGCAGCCAAUAAAUGAGAGCGUAUCAGCGUGUCCAUUGCCCGCCCUGGUUCAAAAUUCUUAUCGCAUGGGCGGCCCUGUGAGCAGCCUCAGCUACAGCCUGCCACUACAGGUCCUGCAGCCCAGGCCCCACUUCUCUCUGGAUGUCAGGACUCGAGCUGCUGAGGGUCUGCUGUUCUUUGCUACUACCAGAGGAGGGCGCUCUCACCUCGCUUUAUACAUAUCGAAAGGCAGGAUCAGGCUGUCUGUGGGCAGACAGAAGGAGAUCUUCAACAGGGAGAAGUACAAUGAUGGAAAGUGGCACUCGGUCAUAUUCAGUUUGGAGAAGAAGAAAUUCCGACUGGUUGUGGAUGGGAUCAGAGCCCAGGAUGGUCAGCUGACAAAUGCUGAGUUGACAGCCAUGCAGCAGUUUGUGUCACCUGUGUACCUGGGCAGUGCUCCAGAGCCCUUUCACAAGGAGCUGAAGUCUAAGGCUCUUCCAAAGCAAAGCGUGUCCGGCUGUAUCCGCAAUUUCAAAAUGAAUGGAGCACCGAUGUUAAAUCCAGCCACAAACCAAGGCGCCGGGCCCUGCUUCGAGGGACAGACACAAAGAGGGGCCUAUUUCUCAGGGAAUGGAGCACAUGUCAUUAUCAAUGACUCCUUUGUUGUGGGCUCCAGCUUUGAGCUUCUGUUCAGCAUCCGACCACGAAGUCCGACCGGGCUUCUGCUUCAUGUCGGUGAUUCCAGCAGGAGCCGGUAUGGACCCGCGAUGGGCCAAUAUCUCAGCGUCUACAUGCUCAGCGGAGAGGUGGUGGCACAAGUGAACAAUGGAAAUGGAGAUUUCAUGGUGUCGGUAAAGCCGAAAGCUUCUUUAUGUGAUGGAAUGUUUCAUAAGAUUUCAGUAAUUAAGAGGAAAAAUGUGGUGCAGCUUCAUGUGGACACAGUAGACAACUACAAGAUUGGACCACCAUCCCCUUCUACAACUUUGACCAAAGACCCCUUGUAUGUGGGUGGCAUUCCUGAGGUGUUGAUGCAACAGAUGCUCCCCGUCACAUCGUCCUUCGUGGGAUGCAUCCAGGACCUGAGGAUCAACAGCGACCCGAUCUCUUUCGACAGGCUGCCUGCUGUGUUCGGUCCGGUCAACCUCAGAGAGUGUCCCGGCUGAGCGUCUCGCCGCAUCACCAGUUGAACAAUCCUUGGGACCACGUCCACCACCAAUCAUGUGCAAUCUGUUACCAUGACAGAGAAUGUGUUUGUUUGUGUGCUAGAAUGUGUACAUCACGGAAUGAGGAGUGGGUUUCAGUGCGAAAGUGUGUGUGUGUGUGUGUGUGUGUGUGUGUGUGUGUGUGUGUGUGUUUGUGAGUCUGUGUGUGAAAUAGAUGUAUGAGCAGCAGCUAACAGGCUCAUAAUAUUUGCUGCUCAGUUAUAAAUUUCUGUAUUUAUUUUCCGGAUAAAAUCAUGUAUCAAAAUGUAUAUUCUGCCAGAUGUUUUACAGUCCGACGUGUUGGUCCAUUCAUCUUCUGUCGACAAUCAAACGCUACUGAGUACGCUUGUGAUUGGUCAGGGCUUCCGUGUGAGCGACGCAGCACUUUAAGAAAACAAAUGACACCUUUUGUGAAUGGUGCUUUUAAUGGAGAUCAACAUUAUAAGUUAAUUAUGUUUGUUUUUCUGUCUGUUGGACUGAAAGUUUCAAGCUAGAAUAAUCAUGUUUACACCCACGGUGCUCGCUUUAGUGACAUUUAAGGGGUUUCCUGGCUACUUUUUUUAACCAUAUCCACAUGUCAGCAUGUAGAAGUCUGGAUUGUAACUGGUUUAAUGAUAGAUGUGGAGUCUUCACGCAGGCCAUGCAAUCACAUGGUUUUCCCACUUUUUUUCUUUUAAUCGCUGUUGUUCUGAAUCCAUUUUCUAUGUUGCAUUCCUUUUUUUUUCAUGCACGAGGACGUCUGUGUGGCUUUUCAACUGUGCAGAAAACAACAUGGGGAGAAUUGUCCAUGAGUUGAAAACUAAUUUAGAGGCUGCAAGUCUCACAAGUCUGGUCAGUCAUGUUUUGGGACCAUUCAGCCCACAUUUCUGUAAAAAAAAAGGAAUGACAAAAUGUAUUUGAUGUAUUGAAAAUUCCCCAGAACGUGUUUACUUACCUGCAGUUGUGGAAACGUGUGAAAAAAAAAUAUGCAUGAUGAUUGGUGAUGCAUUCCUGUCUCGCGACCACUGAUUUAUAAAAGACAUUUUGUAAUCUGUUCAAUUCAUGUUCUUUAUAAAUACUUCUUAGUGCCAUGA